AUGGCAGCCAGAGUGGGCUCUUUCAGACACAGUUUCUUAGAGAAGAGCAGAGAGAGGCUCCUGUCUAAGAAUCAAUACCCAGAAUUCGCCAUCGACGACAAUGUCGAACCCAAUCGUUCCUUGCUCGACGCGCUUUCUGAUCGCGUCAUUGCCUUCCGCAAUGGAUGGAAAGACUUUGCCACCGAACUGUACGAGAUGGGUCGCUCUGAUCGACGCAAAGUUGUUUUCGCCAUGAAAGCUGGCUUAUCAUUGGCUAUUGUCUCGCUUGUCAUUUAUAUUAAGGAAGAACAGCUUAGCAAGUACUCUAUCUGGGCAAUCCUCACUGUUGUCGUCGUUUUCGAAUUCAGCAUAGGUGCAACGCUUAACAAAGGUUUCAAUCGUGCUUUGGGAACAGUAUCUGCUGGUGUGCUUGCUCUGGGUAUUGCACAGUUUUCCGUGUUGGUUGGUGCUGUUGGUGGAGCUUUUGAGGAACUUGUUAUUGUGGUCUUUAUUUUUAUUGCUGGGUUUUGUGCAAGCUAUGUGAAGCUGUUCCCUGCGAUGAAGCAAUAUGAAUAUGGCUUUCGUGUAUUCUUGUUGACAUUUUGUAUUGUAUUGGUAUCUGGGAGACACGGAUUACAGUUUCUCACCACAGCUUUUUACAGAUUGUUUCUUAUUGGUGUUGGUGCUGGUGUAAGUUUGUUUGUGAAUAUUUGCAUUUGCCCCAUCUGGUCUGGAGAGGAUCUACACAAAUUGGUGGUGAAAAAUUUCAAUGGAGUUGCUGCAUCUUUAGAAGGUUGUGUAAAUGGGUACCUGCAAUGCGUUGAAUAUGAGAGGGUUCCAUCCAAAAUACUUGUUUACCAAGCCUCUGAUGACCCUCUUUAUCGUGGUUAUAGAACAGCAGUGCAAUCUUCAUCCCAAGAGGACACUCUGGUGGAUUUUGCCUUAUGGGAGCCACCUCAUGGUCCAUACAAGAUGUUCAAUUAUCCUUGGAGAAGCUACGUUACAUUAAGUGGAGCAUUGAGGCACUGUGCUUUCAUGGUCAUGGCAAUGCAUGGAUGUAUACUCUCCGAAAUCCAGGCGCCUCCUGAAAAGAGGCUAGCUUUCUAUGAAGAACUUCAGAAGGUUGGUGUUGAAGGAGCAAAAGUAUUGCGUCAACUUGGUAGCAAACUAGAAAAAAUGGAAAAGCUAAGCACUGGUGACAUUCUCUUAAAUGCUCAUGAAGCAGCUGAGCAAUUGCAGAUGAAGAUUGAUAGACUCUCAUUCCUCCUAGUCAACUCAGAAAGCUGGGAAGCUGCAAGACAGGCUAAGGAAAAUGAACAAUCUGAAAUUUUGAUUGAUGUUAAAGACAAUGAGGACAAGCAACCUGAGAUCACUUCCCUCAGUGAAAUAGGGGAUGAUUCAAAACUCAAUAUAAGAGUAGAUCCUUCCAUGCCAGAAUCUAGUUUUCCACAGAUCAUAAACAAGAGCUUUCUAUCACGCCCACUUCUUUCUUUUUGUGCAGAUGGCAUAGUAAAUGAAUCAGAGUCCAAAGUAUAUGAAAGUGCUAGCUCCUUGUCUUUGGCUACUUUUACUUCCCUCUUAAUUGAGUUUGUUGCAAGGCUUCAAAAUCUUGUGGAUGAAUUCCAAAAUCUUAGUGAGAAGGCAAAUUUUACAGACCCUCUUGAACAACCAUUGUUAAAGUAG